AUGGUGGCAACAACAGAAGGAUCAUUGCCAUCGCCAUCAUCAUCACCUAGUCGUAGCAGCAGCUUUUUCACAACAACCAGCUCACAUGAUGAUUCCACGGUCUUAACUGGUGGUGGUGGUGGGGCUAUAACAUCACCCAAUCAUAAAGAUUAUGGUACUCUCGCCAACAAUGAUGAGCUUGAAUCUGCCAAUCCUUCUUCUCCACAAGCCAAUAUGGGUGCUUUGCAAGCUGAUCGGCCUGGCUAUGGCACUUGUUCAAUUCUCAGCUCAUCCAUGAAUUUGGUAAAUGCCAUGAUGGGAUCUGGUAUCAUUGGUUUGCCACUUGCCCUGUACCUUUGUGGUUUUUGGGCUGGUAUAGCAAUGUCCAUCACCAUUGCUGGGUUGACAUGCAUGGCAAUGCAUCUACUAGUCCUUUCGGGUGUGCGCUCCGGUCAAUACACGCUCGCUGAUCUUUGUCGCGUAAGUCUACUCGGUCGCCAUGGUGGCCAAGCCAUCAACUUGAUGCUCGUUUUUCAUACCGCUGUGCUUGGUGAUAUGCUUCCACAGCUAUUAGGAGGUUGGCUUCCAUGGUUCGCGGAUCGACAUAUAGCCGUUGUUUGUUUCGGCUUACUAUUUAGUUUGCCUCUUUGUUUACCACGCUCGGUCGCACCGCUUGCAAAAUGGUCCACGAUUGGUGUGUUGCUCUUGCCUUUGGUUAUUAUUGGUGUCGCUAUCCGAUUGCCUGCAUACUAUACACCAUUUGACAUUGUAUGGCUCAACCCAUCCCUUGAUCAAGUGUUCAAAGGCUUGGCUAUUAUGGGCUUGUCGUAUGGUUGUUCGCAAAACGUCUUUGGUGUCUUUUUAAGCCAACGAGAUCAACGCCCUUCACAGUUUCUUAAGGCUGAUGUAUUAUCCAUAAGCAUCGGUUUUAUGCUCAAUAUGACAUUUGCAAUCUUUGGCUAUUUUUGUUUUGCUGGAGGCGAUACCGCCAUCAAUGCCAACGUUCUUUUAAAUUUUCCUGCCAAUGAUAGCAUCAUCAACUUGGUUCGAUUAACCCUUGCAGUUUUCAUCGCAUUGACGAUACCGCUGGCUCUUCACCCUUGUCGUGAAUCAUUGCAAAAGAUGCUUGGCCACAAUACCGAGGGACGACUUCCAACAACAAGGCAACAUUGUAUCGUAACGCUCUCAAUGUUUUGCGUUGUGCUGUGUCUAGGAGCUACCUUGACCGAGCUUGGUACCGUAUUUGCCAUCAUUGGCGGUGUUUCCACCACUGCAAUAGGGUUCUUGCUGCCUGGAGCAGCGUAUGUGCGUAUUUUCUUACCCGAGCUGCUGUGUGGUGAACUUUUCAAAUCCCCAGCUGAUCAAAAAGUGGUGGGCUCAUGGCCUUUGAUGUUUGGUGCAUUUACCUUAGUUCUUAUUAGUAUGCCAAUCAUGUACUUUGCUAUAUUAGAUGCGGUAUUAUAA